UUUUUUAAAAUAUCGCAAAGUUUGAUUUUGAUUCGAUUUUUUAAUUUUUAACCUCCUAAGUAUGUUUAAAUUGUAAAAAACAAUCACGUAAAAAGUGAAUUAUUUUAAUGAUUAAGAAGUAAGCAGUCAAACAUAUAAAUUUAAAGAAAUAAGUUGUUUGCUACUAAAACAGUAAAAACAUUGAAACUUCCACGCUGAACCUUCCGAAUUCACUCCAAAAUGGAUUUUAAGUGCAUCUUAGUGUAUUCUCUCUUUUUUAUCAAUGCUCAACUUACUUUCUGCUUCAAAUGUAAGUACCGCGAAUCAAGUUACACUGGCUACGAAUGUGAAUUAAUACCAGACGCAAUCAUCAUUGGACAUCAACAAUUAACAGACAUUCAAGAUGACGACAUCCAUAAAGUCAGAUUUCAUGGAAAUAGCAACAAAAUAACAAAUUUCACUGAAUCACAAUUUCCAUUCUGCAAAAGAUUUAAAAAUGCAAAAGUUUUUGAUGUUUACGAAAUUGAAUUUAUUGACAAAAAUUUGCUUAAAGAUUGCAAAAAUUUGAUUGAAGCUUGGAUUUAUUAUACGGAAGUUGUUGAAAUUUCAUCGGAUUUCUUUACUGAAAACUCAAAAUUAAUCACUUUGGUUCUAUCGAGGAAUAAAAUCACUACAUUACCUGAAAAUAUUUUUAUUAACCAGCAUGAAGUUGAUGAACUUCUCCUUGAUGAAAAUGAACUAAACUUUUUACCAUCUAAAAUUUUCAAGUCACUCACAAAGCUUCGCACAUUAUAUCUUGGUAAAAAUCAAAUUGAGGUGCUUAAUCAAGCAUGGUUUGAAACCUUAACAAAUUUAGAACAUUUGAGUUUAAACGACAACGAAAUUACAGAUUUGCCAGAAAAUGUUUUUCUAUCUCUUGAAAAAUUACAAAAACUAUGGCUUGAUGGCAAUCAGUUGACAACAAUUCAUGCUGAUUCGUUUUGGGAUCACAGACAUUUGACUUCAAUUUUAUUGAAGAAUAAUAAAAUUCAAGCUUUAGAUGAAGAUUUGAUUGAUUUCACAGCAGUUAGUACACUUGACAUGACAGGAAAUAUUUGCUAUAAGAAAACAAUCACAAAACGGGAACAAAUAAAGCGAAAGCUACAAAUGUGUUUUGAAAACUACCAACCUAGGGAUAAGCUAAAUGCAAAAGGUUCAUCAUUAUGGAAUGUAUUGGAGGGUUCACGUGCUUGUGGGAAAUCAAAGAUAGUUUUUGGAACAGCUUUUUACGCAACCCAAACUGAUCAUGGUGGACAUCCUUGGAACGCAGCAAUAAUUAGAAAUAAUGGCAAAUUUCUGUGUGGUGGAACGCUUUUAUCACACAAAUUAGUGAUCACAGCCGCUCACUGUCUUGAAGGAAAACGAGGACUUUAUCAUUUUGAUGCUCGAGAUAUUUCUGUUAUUCUUGGAGCUCACAACAUAUCACAAAGUCACGAAAAAGGGAAAAUUACGGUUGGUUUAAAAGCUACUCACAUUCACCAUGAAUGGAAUCCAAACGUAGACUCAUAUGAUGCAGAUAUAGCUAUAUUGGAACUAGAAAAUGAAAUUCCAUUUACUCAAUUUAUUCAACCAAUAUGCAUAGUCAAACCAGGAUCAGAAAUUGCAAAUAAAACAUUUGGUUAUGUCACUGGAUUUGGUAAAAGUGAACGAGCAGAUAUUGAAGAUAUUGCAAGACUUGUAAAGACACCAAUUCACAGCUAUCAAGACUGUGGUGCUGAAAACAAAAUUCUUCAAUCUUUAAUAAGUAAUCGAGCAUUUUGUGGAGGAUUUGCAAAUGGAACUGGAGUGUGCACUGGUGAUAGUGGAAGUGGAUUAAUAGUUGUGCAUGAAAAUCGUCAUUAUCUUCGUGGUAUAGUGUCAGCUUCCUUAUAUGGCGGAAUUAAUGGCUGCAAUCUGAAUGAAUAUUCAAUAUUUACUGAUGUGUUAGGAUUUUAUGGAUGGAUAAGAACUGGAAAAGAUGACAAAAUUUUGAUUCAAGAGUUGUUGGAUGAAAAUCGAAGACUUAAAGCGAAUGGCACUCAGAUACAUAAAAAUGCUUAGUAAUGCCACAACAUUUAAAUUGUUUUGUUUUUCUUAUUCUAAUUUACUAAGUUUUAGAAAUA